GUGCCCUCAUAUAGAACCCGCAGGGAGGCUGAGCGCGGAGUUCUAGUUCUCGCCGGUUCUCAGUGGGUUAACCUGGUCCCUGCGGUACAGCCCUGAUUGCUUCCCGCCCUGUCCAGAGGCGGUGUCUAGAUCCAACCUCCCCACCAUGAAAAUCCCGCUGGCGUGCCUGAGCCUCUGCUUCCUGAUCGUGAGCAAUUCCGAAGGCAGAUAUGGAGGUCGUCGAAGUUCUGGCAACUCAAACUGUUAUUGUCUGAAUGGAGGAACAUGUGUGUUCUACAAGUACUUCUCCAACAUUCAUCGAUGCAAUUGCCCAAGGAAUUUCGAAGGGGAGCACUGUGAGAUAGAAUCAUCAAAAACCUGCUAUGAGGGGAAUGGUCACUCUUACCGAGGGAAGGCUCAAACUGGUAUCAGGGGGCAUCCCUGCCUUGCCUGGAACUCUCCCGCUGUCCUUCAGAAUACCUACAAUGCCCACUUGCCCAAUGCCCUUCAGCUGGGCCUGGGGAAACACAAUUUCUGCAGAAACCCAGAUAAUCAAAGAUGGCCCUGGUGCUAUGUGCAAAUCGGUCGAAUGCAGCUUGUCCACAAGUGCAAGUUGCAGGCCUGCCUUGAUGGAAAUAAGUUACUUCCUCCUGAAGGAAAAGAGGUGUUUCAGUGUGGCCAGAAGGCUCUGAAACCCCGAUUUAAGAUUAUUGGAGGAGAAUUCACCACCACUGAGAACCAGCCUUGGUUUGCAGCCAUCUAUAAGAGACACAGUGAUGGCUCUGUAAGCUACGUAUGCGGCGGCAGCCUCAUCAGCCCUUGCUGGGUAGUCAGUGCCACACACUGCUUCAUUAAUUUCCCAAAGGAGAACUACGUUGUCUACUUGGGCCGGUCAAGGCUUAACUCCAGUACACCUGGGGAGAUGGAGUUUGAGGUAGAACAGCUCAUCUUGCAUGAAAAGUAUAGUGCUGAUACACUUGCUCACCACAAUGAUAUUGCCUUGCUGAAGAUCAAGUCCAAAACAGGCCAGUGUGCACAGCCAUCUCGAUCCAUACAGACCAUCUGCCUACCCCCCAAGAAUGGUGAUGCUCACUUUGGUGCAAGCUGUGAGGUCACUGGCUUUGGAAAAGAAAAUGCCUUUGACUACGUCUAUCCUGAGAAGCUUAAAAUGACUGUUGUGAAUCUAAUUUCCUAUCAAGUGUGUCAGCAGCCUCAUUACUAUGGCUCUGAAGUCAAUCAUAAUAUGUUGUGUGCUGCUGACCCCAACUGGAAAACAGAUUCCUGCCAGGGAGACUCAGGCGGCCCCCUGGUCUGCUCCAUCCAAAACCGUCUGACUCUAACUGGGAUUGUGAGCUGGGGCCGUGACUGUGCUAUGAAGGACAAACCAGGUGUCUACACAAGGGUCUCACGCUACCUGAGCUGGAUCCAUAGUCACACUGGGGAAGAGAAUGACCAUGCCAUCUGAGGGCCACUGAGGAACCGAGGGAAUGGGUAGCACCCACUCCCACACUGACAGUCAUUUUUUCAGUAAAGUCAUCUCCACCAGCUAUAUAUAAAGAAACUGUGGAAGAUAGGCUCUGCAGAGAUGGUUUUACUUGUGUUUGCCUACCUGGGUGAGCAACAAAUCUCUGGGCGCUGGCCGCUCAGAGCCCCUGGCCAGGAUGGAGAGGGUGUUCCUGAUCCAGGAGUCUUUUUCUGGAUUCCAGCUUCCUGGAGUUAAAAAUUGUCACUCCUGAGCAUAGGUGCAAGGAGAGCAGUUCCCCUAACAGCGGGCAUUCAUGAGGUCUACUGUUAGGAAAUGAGUAAUUUCCCAAUGAGGAAGUGUAAUAGAACUGAGGUCUCUUGAGGGAGCUUGGCCAAUGUGGGAACACAAUCAUUUGGGGAGUAAAGAGACAUUCACUAGUGACUUGAGGGAAGAGUUCUAUUAUUCCAUGAAUGUACCAGGAAUUAGGAGUGUGUGUGGGAUCACACACCACUUGUGCACAGAUGAUGUUGAUCCAGGAGCUGGCAUGUUCCUGUGUCUGACUGCAAGUCUAGAUAGUUCCCUAAAACGGUAUAGCCUGUGAUGCCAUAUAUGAGCCUGUCUGGAGGGGUCAUGAGUGACUCCCAGGGCCUUUUGCAUCACCAUGUGAUGGUGCCUAUGACUGUAUCAUUCUGGGGCACAGCCAGUGCCCUGCACUAAAUGUCUAUUUCACUUUUAUCUAGAUGUCCCUUUCUUGGCCAGUUAUCUCUUCUGACAUUCCAGCCUAGUUCAUCCAAUCCUUGCUGAUUAGGGUGAGGAUCACUCCUGUACACUGAAUAUUUAAUAAUUAUAUUCUGUGAUUUUAUUUAUAUCUAUUUUUAUAAUUUUGAAUAAAAAUGAUCAAUAAAAUGUGAUUUUUCCUGAA